AACUGUCCACCAUUCCCGCGCCUUCCUCCCCCGAACCCUAACCCUCUCCAGCCGCCCAGCGCGAUGCCCUCUUCCUCCUCGUCCAGCCGUCGUCCAGGCGAGUGCGACGGAAGACGCGGCCUCCAUCCGCCUACGGCGCCGGUGCCGGCGGAGGAGACGAGGAACUGGGCGGAACUGCCGCUGGACGCGAUCUCGGCCAUCCUCCACAAGCUCGACCACGUCGACAUCCUGAUGGGACCCGGCCAGGUGUGCUGCUCUUGGCGCGGCGCCGCCCGCGACGAGCCCGAGCUGUGGCGCCGCGUCAACAUGCUAGGCCACGCCGACCUGGAGCACGAGAGCUCA